UUCAAUUCGUCAUUCUUCAUAGACAACGUUACGCAAAUGUUUUUUUUCGUCACAUGUUCUAAAUUGAAUUUAAAAAAAUUCAAAAAUGAUGCUGAAAAUUAUUCAAUAUUCUCGACAUUUCGUUACGAAUUCAUUGCACUUGAAUUCUUAUCAAUCAAUUUUGUCCACAGCAAAAUGUUUUGACUUACAAAAUCUGGCCAGCAAUCAUCAACAGUGGAGAAAUUCAUCAAGCUUUUUCACACGAAAUUCCGGUGAACAGAUAUGGAAAGGAUUAUUAUCGGUCAGUAAUGCCGGCCGUCGAAGAGGUCGAGGUAGAGGUGCAAAUCGAAAAAUGUUCAAAGAUCUAAAUAGAGGACAAAUUAUGGGUGUCGGGAAACAUUUUCUUUGGCCCGGACUCAAUGCACCUGUUAUGAAAGGUAGUGAAAUUGUGCAGAUAAAAGAAUUAAAGGCUGAUCCUGCUUAUAAGGAAAAUUUGAUAAAAAUUCGUGACCAAAUGGAGAAAAGAAAACGAGCAUAUGUACAUCCAUUGGAACGUGGAUGGAGCGGUACAAAACUGUUGGGCAAAUGGAUUGGUCCACCAGAUCCGAUUGCUGGUGAAGAAUUCCUGGGAUUCGAUACGAGAUUAUUGGUCGUUAGACCAGUUUUCUACAUGAAACCGAAUUUUGGACGAACAAAAACCAUUUCAGUUUUAGCUGUCACUGGAAAUGGUAAUGGUCUAGUUGGUUAUGCUGUAGCCAAAUCCGAAGAUUUACGUACAGCAAUCAGUAAUGCUAAAAAUAAAGCCGGACAACGAUUAUUUCGUGUAGAAUUGGAUCACGAUACAAUUCUACAUGAUUUUUAUUCACGUUUUGGUUCAACAAAAGUUUUUGUUGAAAAAAAACCACCAGGUUAUGGUUUAUCCGCACAUCGAUGUCUACGUAGUAUUUGUGAUGUAAUCGGUAUCAAAGAUAUUCAUUGUAAAGUGGAAGGUAGUGAACGUAAUUAUCUGAAUCUAACACGAGCAUUUUUAUUGGGAUUGAUCAAUCAGAAAACAUUUCAACAAAUGGCCGAUGAAAAACGUUUGAAUGUUGUGGAAAUCAAUGAAUCGUUCAGUAAUUAUCCAAUAUUGAAAGCUAAACCAUCGGAUAAUUUAGGUGGUUGUCGAACGGACGAACAAAUUGGUGAUACCGAAAUUCUUGAUUUUGAUAUAUUCAUCCAUGAUGGUAAAGUCAAAGAACAACAAAAUCUAAAACCCAUGUAUUAUACCAAGGAAAAAGGAUGGAGAAAUUAUAUGAAAAAAUGGAAUUAUCGUAAAAGCCGUGAACAAGUUCGUAUCAAUCUGAUGGCACGUUAUAAUGGUCAAUUGGAAAGUUAUAUUACCAUACGAGAAAAGGAACGAUUGAUGGCCAAAAGACAGAAAUUUUUAGCCACACAAAAUCAAUAGAUUAUUAAUCAAUCAAUUGAGUAGUAGCCAGGAAAAUUUUUUCUUUUCUUUGUUCAUAACUUGUCUCUUCAAAUCAA